AUGGAGCUUCAACAUUUCAGCCAUGGGCAUCCACUGAUCCCCAUGGAAGUGCCAAAGGAGGCCGAGUUACCUGUUGUGACGGGUGUCUUGAAACCGACCUUAGGUGCUGCAUAUAGUUGUACGGUUAUUUCUGAAUAUGGUACAGAAUGUUAUUUCUUUCUUCACAAAAGAUGUGCAGAACUCCCCGACGAGAUCGAAAACCUCUUACACCACCCCCAUGUGCUAUCCCUUCGCAAAGAUAAGAGGAAUCGAAUGUGA